UUGACUGCGAGCCUUUACUUCAACCCCCUUUUUAGAACUUUAGUAUAGGAGAAGGGGAAGGUCACCAUCAAGAAAUAUCAACAAUGUUAUCGAGUGUUCGUAAACAAUUAUUGUCUUCUGCUGUUAAAAGGUAUUUUCAUGCUAGUGUGCUUGCAUGUAGUGACAAAUCGUUUGUGCAUAGAGAUACACCAGAGAACAACUCCAAUGUUCCAUUUGAUUUUACACCAGAAAAUAAAAAGCGCUGCGAAUUGAUCAUAUCUAACUACCCAAAGGGACAUGAAGCAGCAGCUUGUAUUCCUCUCCUUGACCUUGCUCAGAGACAAAAUGACAACUGGUUGCCAAUCUCUGCCAUGCACAAGGUGGCUGAAAUAUUAAAGAUGCCUAGAAUGAGGGUGUAUGAGGUAGCGACAUUUUACACAAUGUUCAAUCGGGAACCAGUAGGCAAGUAUUUUGUACAGAUUUGUACUACAACACCCUGUAUUUUGAAUGGUGUUGGUUCUGAUGCUAUUUUGGAAGCUAUUAAACAAAAUUUAGGUAUUGAUGUGGGCCACACAACUAAAGAUAAGAUGUUUACUUUAGCUGAAGUUGAAUGUCUUGGAGCCUGUGUCAAUGCACCAAUGGUUCAAAUAAAUGAUGACUAUUAUGAAGAUUUAACAGUGGAUGAUAUAAAUAGAAUUCUGAAUGAUCUUAAAGCAGGAAAGAAACCAAAACCUGGACCACAGAGUGGUCAGAAUGGAAGAUUUGCAUCAGAACCUAAAAAUGGUCUUACUUCACUUACAGAACCCCCUAGGGGCCCAGGAUUUGGGGUUAGGCCUGAUUUGUAACUAGACAUAGUUUUAGAAAUAGUCCUGAAAGUAAACUACUGGUAGUUGAUAUUUAAGUUGUACUAGGUUGUUUUUUAUUUAAUCUGUUAUGUCUUUUUGGGAAGUGCUUAACAAUGUGUAUAUAUAUGUGAAUAAUUGUUUGGUUGAAGUGGAAAUUAUUUACCGACACUGGAAAUAUUUCAUUAUGAAAAUUUUAUUGUUAGUAAUUUCAAACACGAAUAUAUUUGAGACAAUAAAAUUGAAAAAACGCUUAA